AUAUUUUUUUACAAAAUUGAAAAUUCAAAGGGAAAGGAGGCGUACGCAAGCCAGACUGGACUCUGCCGAGUCUUCUGUGUACCUCACCCUCUCACAUUCAUUCACCGUGCAAAAAAAUCCAAUUAUUUGCUUUCUUCUAUUUCAUCUUCCCCAAACCCCACAAUUUUCUUUUCCAACGCCAACGAUUAACAAGCAGCCAAUAUCCUCUCUGUCCUUCUUUCUCUGAGCUCCUCAGGUCCUGAAGUGGUUUUUUUUGAAGCAUCUGUUAACGGUUGACCUUUUGGUAAUUGGCGUCUCUUACAGUUAUGGGUUGUUUUUCCUUCUUAAGCGGUAGAAUUGUGAACAAAUCAAGAAAACCCGGUUCUGAUAUUGAUGAAGAAGUUUCUGGCAUUCACAAUGUUAAACUAUUCACUUACAAAGAGUUGAGAAUCGCAACUGACGAUUUUAGUCCAGCCAAUAAAAUCGGGGAAGGUGGUUUUGGUUCUGUCUAUAAGGGCCAACUUAAAGACAGAAAAUUUGCUGCUAUAAAAGUUCUUUCAGCUGAAUCAAGACAAGGGGUGAAGGAGUUUUUGACUGAGAUUGACGUGAUCUCAAAAAUAAAGCAUGAAAAUCUAGUUGAGCUCUUUGGCUGUUGUGUUGAAGGAAACCAAAGAAUUCUGGUCUACAACUACCUCGAGAAUAAUAGCCUUGAACAAAAUCUUAUUGGUGGAAGCAGUAAUCUCCAGUUUAGUUGGCGAACUAGGCGUGAAAUAUGCAAUGGGAUUGCAUGUGGGCUUGCCUUCCUUCAUGAGGAAGUACGUCCACAUAUUAUUCAUAGAGAUAUCAAAGCAAGCAAUAUUCUCCUCGAUAAAGACCUAAUGCCUAAAAUUUCAGAUUUUGGUCUUGCAAAACUUAUCCCUCCCAACAUGACCCAUGUUAGCACACGUGUGGCAGGAACAAUAGGUUAUUUGGCACCAGAAUAUGCAAUACGCGGUCAAUUGACAAGGAAAGCAGAUAUUUAUAGCUUUGGAGUGCUCCUAAUGGAAAUAGUCAGUGGCAGAUGUAAUACAAAUACACGACUACCAAUUGACGAACAGUAUCUGCUUGAAAGGACAUGGAAACUCUACGAACGGAGGGAGCUUGUUGGGCUGGUAGACACAUCACUCGACGGUGAUUUUGACGCUGAGGAGGCUUGUAGGUUUCUAAAGAUCGGUCUCCUCUGCACCCAAGACUCUCCGAAGCUCAGGCCAUCCAUGUCAACCGUGGUCAAGAUGCUAAAAGGCGAGAAGGUUGUGGACGAUAAGAUAACAAAGCCAGGCUUAAUAUCCGAUUUCAUGGAUCUCGGAGUACGAGGCCCUCAUGGCACCAAGCCUGGUGCAGAGACGACGACAUCUUCCUAUAAUGCAUCCGCUGGCUCAGGCUCAGACAACCAGUACAAUUCAACCUUCUCAUUAGCAACCUCAGCUGCUGCUACCACCACCACCACCUUCAUUUCGAACUUGUCAUCUGAAACCUCAGCCGCUAAUACUAAGAACUUCAGCAUCCGCACCAUAUGACACAUCCACACAAAAUUUGAUUUCAUGGAUUUUUAUCCUAUGCAGUUUUUUGCAGCCGGCUGUAUUGUGUAAAUUGUAUAUUGUGUUUCUCUCUUCUUUUUCAGCUACACCCUUCGAGCCGGAGAUACUCCUUUGUAAAUGUGAUCAGGGCUUGGUAAGCCAAAAAGUUUUGUAAUUUGUUUUUGAAAUGUUGAUUAUUUUAGUUUCGUGUGUCGUAUUUUGA